AUGCCAACUCCUCGUGGUCGAAGGCUUGGUCACUGCCCUGAACGAUGACACUUGGAGGGCACUGAUACUGCACACUCCCAGCACAGCUGUUGUCUUCUUACUUUGCUCAGCUCAGCCUGUUCUACAGUUACACCCUUUGAUCCAGCAGCUCUCCAGCCAUUCCCAAGAGACUCUUUAGCUCUGACAGUCUGUCCACUUGAUUCUUCCCAGAUGGAGUCAACAGAGGAAACAGAAUCAGGAAACCACACUCUGCUGACUGAAUUUGUCCUCUCUGGAUUUUCCAGCCACUCAGAACUGCAGCACUUCCUGUUCUUCACUUUCUGCUUAGUUUACACUGUGACUGUCAUUGGGAACCUUCUCAUCUGCAUGGUCACAGUGCACCCCACGCUCUGCACACCCAUGUACUUCUUUCUCCGGGUCCUGUCCUUCCUGGAUGUUUCUGCAGCAUCGACUGUUGUCCCCAAGAUGCUGGUAAGCUUCCUGUCAGAGGACAGGAGCAUCUCCUACAUGGGCUGUGUGACACAGCUCUACUGUGUGGUUUUCUCAGGAGCCACCGAAUGGUACCUUUUGGCAGCCAUGGCCUAUGACCGUUACAUGGCCAUAUGCAACCCCCUGAGAUACACCCUCAUCAUGAACCCAAGAGCUUGCCUUUCCUUGGUCCUGCUGUCUUGCUGCAGUGGCAAUGUUGUGUCUGUGGUGCAGACAGCUUGGGUGUUUACACUGCCCUUUUGUGGGCCCAGGAAGAUUAACCACUUCUUCUGUGACAUUCCCCCACUCAUCCUGCUCUCCUGCACUGACACCUCUCUGUAUGAAAAGCAGAUCACUACAGCCACAGUGCUGGUCAUCUGCAUGCCAUUCUGCCUCAUCCUCGUGUCCUAUGCCUGCAUCAUCUCCAGCAUCCUGAAGAUUUCCUCUGCAGAGAGCAGACACAAGACCUUCUCCACCUGUUCCUCACACCUUAUUGUUGUAACACUGUACUGUGCAUGUGGGACCUUGAAUUAUUUACCAACUCCCAGUAAGUCACAAGACACUAAGAAAGUCCUCGCUCUCAUAUACACAACCAUAAUUCCCAUGUUAAACCCCCUGAUUUACAGCCUGAGGAAUAAAGAAGUGAGAGAAGUACUAAUCAUAACUAUGGCUGUGUUGGUAAAGAAAUAA